UCGCCAGCCGCACCCAUGCUUCUGGCGCGGAUGAACCCGCAGGUGCAACCUGAGAACAGCGGGGCGGGCCCGGGGUCGGAGCAGCCCCAGCGGAAGCGCAAAGCUGCAGAACUCUUGGUGGUGAAAGAGCGCAACGGCGUCCAGUGCCUCCUGGCAUCCCGCGACGGCGAUGAGCAGCCCCGGGAGACCUGGGGCAAGAAAAUCGACUUCCUGCUGUCGGUGGUCGGCUUCGCCGUAGACCUGGCCAACGUGUGGCGCUUCCCCUAUCUCUGCUACAAGAACGGCGGAGGUGCCUUUCUGAUCCCGUACACCCUGUUCCUCAUCAUCGCUGGCAUGCCCCUGUUCUACAUGGAGCUGGCUCUGGGCCAGUACAACCGGGAAGGGGCAGCCACCGUGUGGAAGAUCUGCCCGUUUUUCAAAGGAGUUGGCUACGCUGUGAUCCUCAUUGCACUCUACGUUGGCUUCUACUACAAUGUCAUCAUUGCCUGGUCACUCUACUACCUCUUCUCCUCCUUCACCCUUAACCUGCCCUGGACUGACUGCGGCCAUGCCUGGAACAGCCCCAACUGCACCGAUCCCAAGCUCCUCAACAGCUCCGUGCUGGGCAACCAUACCACGUACUCCAAGUACAAGUUCACGCCGGCAGCAGAGUUUUAUGAACGUGGUGUCCUGCACCUUCACGAGAGCAGUGGGAUUCAUGACAUCGGCCUGCCCCAGUGGCAGCUCUUGCUCUGUCUGAUCGUCGUCGUCAUCGUCCUGUUUUUUAGCCUCUGGAAAGGAGUGAAGACAUCAGGAAAGGUGGUGUGGAUCACGGCCACGCUGCCUUACCUCGUGCUGUUUGUGCUCCUGGUCCACGGCAUCACGCUGCCCGGCGCUUCCAAUGGCAUCAACGCCUACCUGCACAUCGACUUCUACCGUCUGAAAGAGGCCACGGUAUGGAUUGAUGCUGCAACUCAGAUAUUUUUUUCCUUGGGUGCUGGAUUUGGUGUCUUGAUUGCAUUUGCUAGUUACAACAAAUUUGACAACAACUGCUAUAGGGACGCCCUGCUCACCAGCACCAUCAACUGUGUCACCAGCUUCAUCUCUGGGUUCGCCAUCUUCUCCAUCCUGGGUUACAUGGCCCAUGAACACAAGGUCAACAUUGAGGAUGUUGCCACUGAAGGAGCUGGCCUGGUCUUCAUCCUGUACCCAGAAGCCAUUUCCACCCUAUCAGGAUCCACGUUCUGGGCUGUUGUGUUCUUCGUCAUGCUCCUGGCUCUGGGAAUUGACAGCUCAAUGGGAGGCAUGGAGGCGGUCAUCACGGGCCUGGCCGACGACUUCCAGGUCCUGAAACGACACCGGAAACUCUUCACAUUUGGCGUCUCCUUUGGAACCUUCCUUCUGGCCCUGUUUUGCAUAACCAAGGGUGGAAUAUACGUGCUGACCCUGCUGGACACGUUUGCGGCGGGGACCUCCAUUCUGUUUGCUGUGCUCAUGGAGGCCAUAGGCGUCUCCUGGUUUUAUGGUGUGGACAGGUUCAGCAACGACAUCCAGCAGAUGAUGGGAUUCAAGCCGGGCCUGUACUGGAGACUCUGCUGGAAGUUUGUCAGCCCUGCGUUCCUCCUGUUUGUGGUGGUCGUGAGCAUCAUCAAUUUCAAGCCGCUCACCUACGAUGACUACAUCUUCCCACUCUGGGCCAACUGGGUCGGGUGGGGCAUCGCGGGCUCCUCCAUGGUCCUGGUGCCCGCCUACGUCGUCUACAAGUUCCUCAGCACGCGGGGCUCCCUUCGCGAGAGACUGGCCUAUGGCAUCACCCCAGAGAACGAGCAUCACCUGGUGGCCCAGAGGGACGUCAGGCAGUUCCAAUUGGAACACUGGCUGGCCAUCUGA